AAGUGGGUCCUGAAAAGUUAAAGGAGAUAGUUCAAUUUCAGAAAGAUCAGGUUGAGCUUCAAGUAUUGCUUUCAAUGAAGGGAUGAUAUCCUCCUCCAUUAACUGAGGCAGUGGCUUGGCCGCAGCUUUUGCUGGAGGUUUGGCCUUUGCUGGAGCUUCUUCUUGAGCUGUCUUCACCUCCUUUGUUUCGGCAGCCACUGGAGAUUAUAAGGAAGGAUAUUAUAUUGGAGUGGAAGUAGUUGAAGGUGACCCAGAAGCAGAAAAACCAUUUUAUGGUCCAGGCUGAGAUUCAUUGCGGACAGGCUGAGAUCUGGAGGCAGAUUACUGCUGCUGGAGACACUUGUACUGAAGUGACAGAUUGUAUAAGUCAAGUUUUAGGACUUCAUAUUCUGGGUUGGUUGGGCCGGCUUGCUUUCCCUCCUCCUCGAUGUUUAUUAGUUUUUCCACCUCGGCCUCUCUCUUGUGGUGUUUUCCCUAAUUUUGAUUCCAUAUUUGUUCCUCGAGAUAAAGAUGUGUCUAAUUGUGAAGGCUCUGCUGACCUGCAUCAUAGCCCUUCAAUUGUUGAAUUUGAUGAGACGUCAUCACAAAUAUCUUGUCGUGACGCUCAGUCUUCGAGUGAAUUGUCAAUCCCCAAGAGUCCUCCUGCUUUGCUAAAAGGUAGCGUAACAACUUUAAACGUGGAUGUGCUUGAGCAGACAGUGUUGCCUCUUCAAAAUCAGCUUCUUACCCAUCUUGAAUCAAUGAAUCCGCUUCAACACGAGUCCAUGACACAGGUGGUGGAAUCUACUUUUAUCGUUUUGGAUCGUCUAUUAGUUAAUUAUACACCUUUUCAAGAGCGUGUGAAGGAGUUCAUUGCCUGUGCAUCAUCAUUUGCUGAUAUAGAGUAGUCCAUCAACAACAAACAUUCUUUUCAAGAGUUGAUGGAGCGGUACCAUAGUGAGAAAGUAAGGUAUAUAAGCAAAGUGGCUACUAUAAGCAACAAUAGUGUAGCUGUGUAGCAUCUAUCCAUUUUGGCUAUAUAAUUUGAUUGUUUUUUAUAUGUAAUUUGUCACUUUGUUCCAUCCUUGGUUAAAUGGAUUGGAUUUAGCUAGAUCUUAUGUAUGAUCGUAUAGCCUCUUCAUAAUUAGUAUGUUGGUUUGCGUAAUGCUUUGUAUGUGAAUUGCAUAGCUUGUACAAGGAUUUUUCUAUGUACAGCUUUUAAAUUAUGUUGAGAUUUACCGAAAUGAUACUAAUUUGAUAAAUAAAA